UCUCCUCAUUGGGAUCCUGACUCAUUCCUUUUCAUCAUUCUCCCCCGCCGGAACUCGCUUUUCCUACCAACUCUUCUCCCUCUCUCUAUUCUCAUGGAGGCAGGUGACGCAGCCACUACCACCACCUUCCGUCAUCCACUCUCUUCCUCUCCCUCCUCCUCUCCUGCUUCUUCUCCUCAUUUACCCCCGGCAUCUCCCCCUGUUGUUCUCAGCCCUUGUGCCGCCUGCAAGAUCCUCCGCCGGCGAUGCACUGAGAAGUGCGUGCUUGCGCCUUAUUUCCCUCCCAACGAACCCCUCAAGUUCGCGACCGCUCAUCGAGUCUUCGGUGCGAGCAACAUCAUCAAAUUCUUACAGGAGCUUCCAGAAAGCCAAAGGUCUGAUGCAGUGAGCAGCAUGGCAUACGAGGCAAACGCUCGAAUCAGAGACCCAGUGUAUGGGUGCGCAGGGAUUAUUUGCCAGCUCCAGAAACAAGUUAGCGAGCUGCAAACCCAGCUAGCCCGGACACAGGCUGAGCUCGACACUACGAAGACCCAGUACGCAAACUUGGUUGCGAUCAUCUGCAUGGAAAUGACUCAGUCUCAGCAGCAGUUCGUGCGACAACCUCCUCACAGCUUCAACACAAAUAAUCCUAACUUAUUUCAGAGUGAUGCUUCCAUGCAAGAUGAUUAUUUUCAGGGUUCAAUUUGGGAAGAGCCCUUAUGGACAUGAGCAAAUUCUAAGAGAGAGAAACGUACGCCACCAGAUGAAUAAAUGGAUAUAGGCAUAUAUAUAAAAAGCGAAUAAGAUGUUCAUCUUCGAUUUUGAAUUCGUACUCGAGAUGGAUAGGUAGGAGAAGAGAUGUGAGAGGCAUGUUUUGUACCAAGGAAAUAACACUAAUUUGUUAUCCUUCGACUUGAGGAAAUGGUGGUGAACUCUCUACGCAUAACUUUGAAGCUUCAUGUGGACAUCUCUUGUGGAAUUGUUACAAAUUGUUUAUGGUCCAUCAUGGUGAGAAUAUGUGGUCAUAUACAAGGCUAUUCCUUGAAUUAAACUGCUUAUGGUCCAGUGUGGUGGGUUCCUUGUCAAACAAUCUUUAUGACAUAAUUGCACAAAAAGUUUUUUCCUCUGGAGGCAGACUA